UUCAAGUGUUUUUGAACAGCAACAAGACUAUCCUGGCCAUUGUGUACCAAAGUUUUUAGGAGGGAUGGAGAAGACAGAGACUGCUCACACUGCACAGCAGCCCACCUUGGAUGACUCACAGAGCGAGUUGGACGAGGAAGAGGAUGAUUGCUUUGUUGGGGGGACCGGAGAGCAGUCAGACAAGGGACAGAGUGGCGCGGAGUCAGAGGGUGUGGAUGAAGAGGAUGACGACGAUGAUGAGAAAGAGGAGGCGGGACCUGCAGCCCAACCCAAGGAGAAGGAUAAGGAUUCCUUUUCCCGGAAGCGUUCUAUCUGGGGUACCACCAAGUACAUCAGCAAGUGGAAAAUGGCCCAUCGGAGAGGCUACCACAUCAACUGCCUGACCGACGACCCAUACCGCAAGGCCAUGAUCAUGCAGCAAGAGCUGGACUGCAAAACCAGCAUUCCCCUCCCUAUGGUGUGUAUGAUUGAGAAGGAGACCCUGCAGAUUCUACAAAAUAUUGAGAAUGACUACAAGUACAAGUUGGGCGCCAGCCACCAUCUGACGAAAGAGCUCCAUGAGCGUAUUGAGAGCCUGAAGUGCCAGGUAUCCUCCAAGGUUAGGCACAGUGAUCCGGCCCCAGAGGUAGGAGUGCUGGCGACCCUGGUGGGGUGGUGCAGGGCACUAUCUGCUAUGCUGGGUUGGGGCAGUGGAGCCUCAGCUACUAAAGAUGAAGAGAACGCUCUACCCCGCAAGGAGCGUCCCCUUGAAACAGACGAGACAACAGAAUUAUAGAACUAAAAGAAUAAAGACUUGAAUUUCAA